AUGGCGUCCAAAGUAACUGAUGCUAUAGUUUGGUACCAGAAGAAGAUUGGGGCAUAUGAUCAACAAAUAUGGGAAAAAUCAGUAGAGCAAAGGGAAAUAAAGUUUAUUAGACUGGGUUUGAGAAACAAACCAAAGAAAACAGGACAUGUGAAACCAGACCUCAUAGAUGUUGAUCUUGUGAGAGGAUCUGCUUUUGCUAAAGCAAAACCUGAAAGUCCUUGGACAUCUCUGACCCGCAAAGGAAUCGUGAGAGUUGUUUUCUUUCCGUUCUUCUACAGGUGGUGGCUACAAGUGACAUCAAGGGUCAUCUUUUUCUGGCUGCUUGUUCUUUACCUUCUACAAGUUGCUGCUGUAGUGUUAUUCUAUACAGCCCAAAGCCCACAUAAUAUACCUCUGACUGAAGUAAUUGGGCCAAUAUGGCUAAUGUUGCUACUUGGAACUGUGCAUUGUCAGAUUGUUUCAACACGAACUCCUAAGCCACCUCCCAGCACAGGGGUUAAAAGAAGAAGGAAAUUAAGGAAAGCAGCACAUUUGGAAGUACAUAGGGAAGGAGAUGGCUCUAGUACUACAGAUAACACACAGGAGGGAACAGUGCAGAGCUACGGUACAAGCACCUCUUGCAGUAUUGGCGCUGUCUUCAGAGAUAUCUGGCAUGCUGCUUUCUUUUUAUCAGGAUCUAAGAAAGCAAAAAACUCAAUAGAUAAAUCCACUGAGACUGAUAAUGGCUACGUGUCCCUUGAUGGGAAAAAGACAGGUAAAACCAGUGAAGAAUGUAUGCAGGCCCAUGAACGUCGAUGUGAAGUGAUUAAGCCAGAAGAGUCGGGGUGGAGCACCACAACAGUGAGAGAUGCCUUCAACAAUCACAGUCAUCACAAAGAUAUUCACAGAACUGUGACAAAUUUAUCAGAUGAAGUUUCCAGUGAGGAAGGGCCUGAAACUGGAUAUUCUUUACGUCGCAAUGUAGAACGCACUUCUAGUGAUUGUACACUUCGAAACAGGAAAUCUCACCAUUAUAAGAAACACUAUCCUCUGGAGGAUACACCUAAAUCAGGUACUAGCUGCAGUUCUCGGUGUUCAAGCUCCAGACAGGAUUCUGAGAGUGCGAGACCGGAAUCGGAAACUGAAGAUGUGCUGUGGGAGGACCUCUUACACUGUGCAGAGUGCCAUUCUUCCUGUACCAGUGAGACAGAUGUAGAAAGCCCUCAAGUGAAUCCAUGUGUGAAGAAAGAAUACAGAGAUGACCCAUUUCAUCAG